AGUUUGAGGGGCAGGACUGCAAAGGAGCUCAAAGUAUCUAAUAGUCUGAAGAUUCUAGGGUUUAACGGUACAGAAGGAUUUACCAUGGGAGACGGGGAGAUUUGGCUGUCAACGGAUUAACCCGUCCAAAACUACAAUUCCCAAACCAAGGGAACAUUUUACCCAGCAUUCAACGGGUUUGUGAAUGGGAUAAUGCUGCAAGAUGGCGACAAUUGCAACUGCUACAAAUUUACCAUCUUUUGAUUGUCCAACAUGGGCAGGCAAGCCCCCUCCAGGACUCCAUUUGGACGUGAUGAAAGGUGACAAAAUGGUCGAGAAACUGAUCAUUGACGAGAAAAAGUACUACUUAUUCGGGAGGAACCCGGACAUGUGUGACUUCACCAUCGACCACCAGUCAUGUUCACGCGUGCAUGCUGCCCUGGUCUACCACAAGCACCUGAAGAGGGUGUUCCUUAUUGAUAACAACAGCACGCAUGGUACCUUCCUGGGACACAUCCGCCUGGAGCCCAAUAAGCCUCAGCAGGUCCCCAUAGACUCCACCAUGUCGUUUGGGGCGUCCACGCGAGCCUACACCAUCCGGGAGAAACCUCAGAGCCAGCAAGGAACCAAUGCCGCCACAGGGGACAGCAAGGCCGGAGAGGACGAGGAGGGGUCUAAGGGCCUCUUAGGAUUACCAGAGGAGGAGACCGAGUUAGAGAAUCUGACAGAGUUCAACACGGCCCACAACAAGCGCAUCUCCACCCUGACCAUCGAGGAGGGCAACCUAGAGAUCCAGAGACCCAAGAGGAAGAGGCGGAACUCCAGAGUCACCUUCAACGAGGACGAUGAGGUCAUCAACCCGGAGGACAUUGAUCCCUCAGUGGGGCGCUUCAGAAACAUGGUGCAGACUGCUGUCGUCCCUAUAAAGAAACAGAAAAUGGAGAGGCACGGCUCACUUAGUAUGGACGACGUUGUGACGAGGCGCAUCCACAACUACACCUUCGGCGGCGGCCUUUACGGGGACCUGCCACCCACCAGCCACGAGGGCCACCACGCCGGGGCCCCGAGCGGAGCCACUAUCCUGGGGGGUCUCCCUCUGCCCUUCCCCAACCCGGCCCCAGAGGUGAACCUGGCCCCGGACGCCCCCCAGCCACCUGUCACGCUCAACCCUGUCCCCGUUACAGGCCCCUAUCUCUCCGAGGUUCUCAACGAGCCCCGCAAGAAAAAGUAUGCUAAAGAGGCAUGGCCAGGCAAGAAGCCCACCCCCUCCCUACUAAUCUAACCCUCUCCUUACACUACGGCUCUUUCUGGAUUCGUCUUUCCUCUGUUCUUUACCUCCUCUCUCAUGCAUUGUAGAAGAUCCAAGGUCUCUCCUCUUGGACCUUCUCCAAUGUAUUUUGAGGCGAGGAGAGAGGCAUGAGAAAUCCAGGAAAGCCGAAUUGGGAAAGAGCCUAUGUGGUGGAGGCAGGGCUGACUCUCAGGGUAUGGGCGGAGACAUCAGGGACCAUGACCCGUUGGAGGCGGAUCGAUUUUUCUUAAGACUGUUUUGUCAAUGUUUUCUACGUUACUUCCUCGUUCUCCUAAAGAUUAUCCGAAAGUCUUCAGUAGUACAUUCCAUGAAGACAGGCACCCCACUCCUUCAGGAGAUGAAUGUUUGAUGUGUUUUACAAAUGAAGUCAUGUAAAAAAGGCAGUACUUGGCAGACCAAGUCAGUUGGUCAGAUAAGAGUUUUACCUCUAAUUGAUAGUCAGGCAUCGUGCAGGGAAACAAACACGAAGCGAAUGUAACUUAGGAAAACAGCCCUUAAGUUGGAAACAAACAUCAUUAUGUUCUCAUCCAGAUUCACAUGGAUUUAUUUUCCAUGCUACAGCACCCAAUAUUAUAGCAGGUUUUUAAAGGACCUGCUCCGUGUUGCCAUUUUUGCUAUGGGAAAAACAUUGCGAUACUGGUAUCACAGCCUAAUCGUUAUAUGGUUGGUCACUGUGAGUUCCAUAUUAUGAUCUCCAGUUCCUUCUUUAAGGUCUUGAUAUUUGUUUGAAGUCUAUCUUUGGACAUAGUAUUUUUGCCCACUGUAAACAUGCAUAUACAGUGCAUUUGGAAAGUAUUCAGACCCCUUGAUUUUUUUCCCCCCACAUUUUGUUACUUAACAGCCUUAUUCUAAAAUAGAUGCAGAAUUUUUUUAUAUAUAUUUUUUUAUCCAUCUGCACACAAUACUCCACGUCGAAGCAAAAACAGUGUUUUAGACAUUUUAGCACGUUAUUAAAAAUAGAAUGCUGAAAUAUCACAUUUACAUAAUCGCACCUUUGGCAGCGAUUACAGCCUCGAGUCUUCUUGGGUAUGGCGCUACAAGCUUGGCAGACCUUUAUUUAGGGAGUUUCUCCCAUUCUCUGCAGAUCUUCUCAAGCUCUGUCAGGUUGGAUGGGGACUGUUGCUACACGGCUAUUUUCAGUUCUCUCCAGAGAUGUUCAAGUCCGGGCUCUGGCGGGGCCACUCAAGGACAUUCAGAGACUUGUCCCGAAGCCACUCCUGCGUUGUCUUGGCUGUGUGCUUAGGGUCGUUGUUCUUUUGGAAGGUGAACCUUCACCCCAGACUGAGGUCCUGGGCGCUCUGGAGCAUGUCCUGGGCGCUCUGGAGCAGGUUUUCAUUAAGGAUCUCUCUGUACUUUGCUCCGUUCAUCUUUCCCUCGGUCCUGACUAGUCUCCCAGUCCCUGCUGCUAAAAGGUAUCCCCACAGCAUGAUGCUGACACCGCCAUGCUUCACCGUAGGGAUGGUGCCAGGUUUCCUCCAGAUGUGACGCUUGGCAUUCAGGCCAAAGAGUUCAAUCUUGUUUUCAUCAGACCAGAUAAUCUUGUUUCUCAUGGUCUUAGUCUUUAGGCCUUUUGGCAAACUCUAAGCGGGCUGUCGUGCCUUUUGUGAAUUAGUGGCUUCUGUCUGUCCACUGUACCAUAAAGGCCUGAUUUGGUGAAGUGCUGCAGAGAUGAUUGUCCUUUUGGAAGAUUCUCCCAUCUCCACAGAGGAUCUCUGGAGCUCCUUCAGUGACCAUUGGGUUCUUGGCCACUUCCCUGACCAAGGCCCUUCUCCCCCGAUUGCUCAGUUUGGCCAGGCGGCCAGCUCUAGGAAGAGUCUUUGGUGGUUCCAAACUGGAUGGAGGCCACUGUGUUCUUGGGGACCUUCAAUGCUGCAGAAUCUUUUUGGUACUCUUCCCCAGAUCUGUGCUUCGGCACAAUCCUGUCUCGGAGCUCUGCGGAUAAUUCCUUCAUCCUCAUGGCUUGGUUUUAGCUCUGACCUGCACUGUCAACAGUGGGACCUUGUAUAGACAGGUGUGUCACUGUCCGAAUCAUGUCGAAUCAAUUGAAUUUACCACAGGUGGACUCCAUGUUGUAGAAACAUCUCAAGGAUGAUCAAUGCAAACAUGUACCUGAGCUCAACUUUGAGUCUCAUUGCAAAGGGUCUGUAUACUUAAGUAAACAAGUUAUUCCUAUAUAUUUUUUAAAUAUAUAGAUUUGCAAAAAUCACUUGUUUUCGCAGAAAAAGUCAAGGGGUCUGAACUUUCUGAAUGGACUGUAUAGUUAUUUUUUAAAUCUGUUAAACUUGUAAUGUGAACUGUUUUAUACAAGAUGGAUUAUUAUAGUGGUCCUUCUGUAGCUCAGUUGGUAGAGCAUGGCGCUUGUAACGCCAGGGUAGUGGGUUCGAUCCCCGGGACCACCCAUACGUAGAAUGUAUGCACACAUGACUGUAAGUCGCUUUGGAUAAAAGCGUCUGCUAAAUGGCAUAUAUUAUUAUAUUAUAUAUUAUAUUAUUAUUAUAGGAAUUGACAAAAGUAGAUCAGAGUUUCUGAAAAAAGAUAUGUCCAUUUUCCUAAAGACUGAAUAGGACUAUAGGUUUAUAUUUUUACAGUGCUAUCAAGAUGAGUGCAGCGAGGAGAGAAUUUGUUUACUCAGUUUACAUUCACAAUCUCAGUAAUAAACAGUUAAUAGACUGCGCAGAGUAUAUUUAAAUACUAUCUUCCAUUAUAAAAAAAGAUUGCAGUAUAACCUGUAAGUUGCAACUCUGCCUGAAUGUUAGUGAGUCCUGAAGUCCUCUAGAUUUUACAUAUCGCAAUGUAAAUUAGCCUGAUCUGAGCCACCAAUAAAAUGGAUUGGUCACAUGAGUUAAGACUGUAAGGUUCUCAGUUGGUGCAAUUUGAUGUUGAGUAUUGUUUCACAGGCCUUUUGAAAUGAUUAAAUUUCAAAUGUGGUACACAUGGUCCUGCAUCAAAGCACCCAUAAAAUAACUGUCAAUAUAGCGUCUUGAUGUUCAAACAAUUGUUAGUUUUCACACCAGCAGAAUACGAUGACCCCUUCACUGAUUAAUGAAACAUUUAUGUGGUAUUUGAGAACUUGCAAAAGCCAUGCUAUUUGCAUUAACUUUGUAUAGAUGGACAGACACGUGUACCUUUUGUCCCACUUUCGGAUGAUGUUGGAUUUUUUUAUUCACAUAAUACACUGUAAAUAAAAACUGAAUUUUGUCAAACA